GUCAGUGUGUAGCGAAGAAUUAAUAUAUCGCUUAUAAUGGGAUACAUGUCAACAUCUGAUCCGUCUGCGGUGCUUUGCUGAACAUUUACAUCUGAGUUCAGCAGGUCAACCAAUCACAGUUGUGUAUCAGCCAUUUUCCUCAAUCAUGUCAGAUUUGAAUGACAACUCUUUGAACAUAAAUUUCUUGAAAGAAUCUGUGUUGAAGAGACUCUGUGAGUCUCUUGACAAGGCCAAUAAUAAGGGAUGGCGAAAACUGGGGGAAAUCGUGAAAAGUGACAAGCGAUUCAAAGUGAGUCUGGAUGAUAUGGAUAUGUGUUCUCUGAGGGCUUUAGAGGCGGAUGGAAGUCCUUCCCGCAGCCUGCUCAAACUCAUUGGAGAUCAAGGAUGUAUGGUGGGUGAACUGGUGGAGUUUUUAAAGAUCAUGGGUCAUACGGAUGCCCUGCAGUGCCUGAAACCUCCAGGAAUUCAAAUCCUCGUCCAGCCACAGUCAGUGGCUGUCAUUGCCGGACACAACCUUCGUCUCAGUUGUUAUGCUGUUGGUGCUUCACAUGUGCAGUUCCAGUGGUUUAAGAAAACAGAAGAGGUACAUAACAGCUCCUCCCCAGACCUGGUGUUCAGUCCAGUCCGGCUCAAAGAUGCAGGGUUUUACAUCUGUCGGGUGAACUGUGGAAACACGUAUGAGUUCAGUCACUGGGCCCAAGUAGAUGUCCUUGAUGUUCCACCAAGAUAUGGAUUAGUGUCUCUGGCUUCAGAGGGCAGGCCGAGAGUGCUGAUCCAGCCUAAACCUCAAAGGCUGCUGGUGGGAGAUCUGCUCUAUCUGGAGUGUGGAGCUAUUGGAAGACCCCUACCACAAUAUCAAUGGUACAGAAAUGGAGUGCCGAUCAAAAAAGCCACUAAGAGGAAGUACACUGUCAAGAAUUUGUUGCCAGAGCACCAGGGAAGAUAUCGCUGCGAGAUCUUCUGCAACAAUGAACGAACAUGGAGCAAUGAAGUUAAUGUUGUUGUCAUUGAAAAUCCUUGCCAAUCUGAAACGAAAGAGCCAAGAAUAUCUCAUGAAAUUUCAGGAGCAAUGGAGUGCUCUGAAGAUGAUUUUUUGACUUUUAAUAGGGAUUACAGUCUUGAGAAAACUUAUGCUACAGACAAAGUGGCUCUUCUGAUUGGUAACCUCACAUAUCGAAACCAUCCACAGCUGAAAGCACCCAUGGUUGACGUGUAUGACCUCACCAAUCUGCUGCGGCAACUGAACUUCAAAGUGGUGUCUCUGCUGGAUCUAACUGAGUCAGAGAUGAGGAAUGCUGUGGAGGAGUUCUUGUCCCUGCUUCAUAAGGGAGUGUAUGGUUUGUUGUAUUAUGCUGGUCAUGGUUAUGAGAACUUUGGGAACAGCUUCAUGGUGCCCGUUGAUGCCCCAAACCCAUACCGCUCAGGCAACUGUCUCUGUGUUCAGAGCAUUCUGAAACUGAUGCAGGAGAAGGAGACUGGACUCAAUGUCUUCCUCCUGGACAUGUGCAGGAAAAGAAAUGUACAUGAUGAUGCCAUGCCAAACGUUGUGCUCAAAGUUACAGCCAAUAUUGUGUUUGGAUAUGCCACUUGCCAAGAUGCUGAGGCUUUUGAAUUGAGUUCAAGUGGAUUCACCAAUGGAGUCUUUAUUAAAUUCCUGAAGGAGCGCCUCCUAGAGGAUGAGAAGAUAACUGUUCUGCUAGACAGAGUGGCUGAAGAUAUGGGUCAGUUUGACCCCACAAAGGGUAAGCAGGCUCUAGAGAUCCGCAGCAGUCUGUCAGAGAGACGUUCCCUCACUGAUCCCAUCCACCCCGGGGACUACUCCGAUGCAGCCGAGGCACAGAACCUGCUCUGGUCUAAAGCACAUGAACUGCCAGAGAGUAAACUUCUGGACUUUGAGUGUGGAGUCCAGAUAAAAAUGGACUUUGCUGCUGAGUUUUCGAACGUGCUGGUCAUCUACACCAGCAUUGUGAAAAAGCCAGAGGAGAUGCUGUCGUGUCAGGCACACAUAACUGACCUCCCUUUGUUACAGGAGGAACUAGCUUUCACUGUCUGCCUACAAGUCCAGUUUAACUCCCUAGAUGAGCUAGUCCAGUGGAACAUGGACGUUAGCAUCGGCAAGCCCCUCACCGCCAAACUGGAUCUCAACCGUCCCACCAGGAAGAACAGCUGUCAGCUGACGUGUCUCAUUCCGCACAGCCCCUCGACCAGCCCCAGCCACAGCCCCGCGUCUGACCGCCGCUUCCACAGCCAGAGCCCCUGCUUCCCCCAGCUGUACGCCAACCCCUACCUCAACGUCUGUGAGCCUCUCCACGGAGCUGUAGGGGGUUAUGGGGACUUUCGAUUGUAUGGUGACCAUACAUAUCAAUAUGAGAAUAUGCCAUGCUCACCCUUCCUGAACCCACCAAGUAUUCCCAUUGAGACCACUGAUGACAUUGACGACAUGCAGAAUGAGUUCAUGAAUAGUUUGCAGCUCUAUAACCAUCCCUGAGUGAGUACACAGUGUUAA